AUGCUCGAAGUCCUCGACACUGCCGGCCAGGAAGAAUAUACCGCCCUCCGAGACCAAUGGAUCCGAGAUGGCGAAGGUUUCGUUCUCGUCUAUAGCAUUUCGUCACGAUCCUCCUUCUCCCGUAUCAAGAGGUUCCACCACCAGAUCCAGCGGGUAAAGGAGUCCUGCGCCUCUUCACCCUCUUAUCCUGGUUCACCCAUAUCGGCCGUUCACUCCCAAGCGCCUGUACCCAUCAUGCUCGUCGGCAACAAGAGCGACAGGGUCACGGAGCGCGAGGUGUCCACCCAAGAAGGACAUGCACUGGCUCGCGAGCUGGGCUGUGAAUUCGUCGAGGCCUCCGCCAAGAACUGUAUCAAUGUCGAAAAAGCCUUUUACGAUGUCGUCAGAAUUCUCCGCCGCCAGCGCCAGGCAGCUUCCCGACCACAGCCCAACGGACGCAGCUCGACGCGCGCGCACAACUCCAGCUCGCAAGACUACAACACGAAGGAGAAGAACGACGGCAGCCGAGGAAAGGGCGACAAGAAGAAGAUCAAGUGCGUCAUUUUAUAA